AAGGCUGAGGUGCCAACCAUAAGGGAAAACUGAUAACUACUUCCUCGUGAAUAUAAUCGCGAUAUCGCACGUUAAACAUAUGAACACUUCUCUGUUUACUGCCAUGCCAGAUAGGCUGUAACUCUGAUACCAUCAUCAUCCUACUCAUCAUCAUCUUCACCUAUAUCUACGUCUCUCACCGACCUAUUCAACAAGCAAUCUUGAUUCUUGAAGUUGAAAUUGACCUUUUUGGCUCUUCGAUCUCGGCUGGGAGCUCAAGAAUUGCAGAAAGGGGCAAAGGGCAAGAAUGAGUUUCCGGGAAGAGAGUGAUGAUGGGAGAGGGGAUCUGAGGAAGCCAUUUCUGCACACUGGGAGCUGGUACCGUAUGGGCUCCAGGCAAUCAAGUUUGAUGAGUUCUUCUCAGGUCAUCAGAGACAGUUCUGUCUCAGUUCUUGCUUGUGUUCUCAUCGUUGCUUUGGGUCCUAUCCAGUUUGGUUUCACAGCUGGAUACUCAUCCCCUACACAAGGUGCAAUUACUGAAGAUCUCAAGCUUAGUGUAUCUGAGUUCUCUUUGUUCGGUUCUUUAUCAAAUGUGGGCGCUAUGGUUGGGGCAAUUGCUAGUGGUCAGAUUGCGGAGUACAUUGGCCGAAAAGGGUCUCUAAUGAUAGCUGCUAUUCCCAAUAUCAUUGGUUGGCUUUCCAUCUCGUUUGCCAAAGAUCCGUCUUUCCUAUACAUGGGAAGAUUGUUGGAAGGCUUUGGUGUCGGAAUAAUCUCUUACACGGUACCAGUGUACAUUGCUGAAAUAGCACCUCAAAAUUUGAGAGGGGGGCUCGGUUCAGUAAAUCAGUUAGCUGUUACUAUCGGGAUUAUGCUGUCAUAUUUGUUGGGACUAUUUGUCAACUGGAGACUGCUUGCUGUUAUCGGGAUAUUGCCUUGUCUCGUGUUGAUACCGGGACUGUUUUUUAUUCCGGAAUCUCCUCGAUGGUUGGCAAAAAUGGGGUUAACAGAAGAUUUUGAAACCUCUUUGCAAGUUCUUCGAGGUUUUGAUGCUGACAUUACUGUUGAAGUAAACGAAAUUAAGAGGUCUCUUGCAUCGUCAUCAAGCAGAAGAACAGCCGUACGUUUUGCAGAUCUUAAACAGAGAAGAUAUUGGUUGCCUCUGAUGAUCGGGAUUGGACUACUCUGUCUGCAGCAGCUAAGUGGAACCAAUGGCGUUAUAUUCUAUUCUAGCAAUAUUUUUCAGUCAGCUGGAAUUUCUUCGAGCAAUGCUGCAACAUGUGGUGUUGGUGCUAUCCAGGUUAUCGCAACUGCAAUUGCUACAUGGCUUGUGGACAAAACGGGGCGUAGGAUUUUACUUAUUGUCUCAUCCACCGGAAUGGCUGUUAGUCUCCUACUCAUUUCCGUUUCCUUCUUUCUGAAGGGUUUUGUAUCAGAAGACUCUUCUUUCUAUAGCAUUUUGGGGAUAUUAUCUGUUGUUGGCGUUAUGUGCAUGAUUGUUUGCUUUUCGCUUGGAAUGGGACCCAUACCAUGGCUUAUCAUGUCUGAGAUUCUCCCGAUCAAAAUCAAAGGCCUUGCGGGAAGUGUGGCUACAUUGGCCAAUUGGUUCUGCAGUUGGGCCAUUACAGCGACUGCACCUCUGUUGUUGGAUUGGAGCAGCGGAGGGACAUUCAUCGGGUACAUGCUUAUGAGCGCGUUCACAGUGGUGUUCGUGUCCAUCUGGGUGCCAGAGACGAAAGGCAAAACUCUCGAGGAAAUACAGUUCUCGUUUAGAUAGGUAGUUCCCGGAUUCUUGUUGUUCUUUAUCGUCCGUUGUAUUGGUCAGUCUGUGUGUCCCAUUUUGAACAAGGGCAUCAACAUUGCAUAGCUACAGAUGUUGGAUGUUGUACUAGAUUGGUUUUGUUUUUUUUUUUUUUUUUUUUUUUUUUUACCGUUAUUGUGUUCCAUUUUUUGGGUAAUUCUUCACAUGUAUAGAUGCUAUAGAGACAGCAUCGAGUUCUUUGGGGCUUUAUUCUUGUGUUAUUAAAAGUUUAUUCUCCAGUAGUCAUCAA